AUGCAGGAGCGACUGAUAAGCCCCGCCCUCGUCCCCCUGACCCCCAGCCUGGGAGUGAAGACUGAGAGCAUUCGAGAUUUCCUACCAAUCAUAAAGGGUUUGGCCAAUCAAAGCCCUACACCACAGAGGCUGAAAGCGAUCAAGGUGCUGCGUGCUGAAGGAGUGUGUGAGAGCGUGUUGUACGGCCUGCCGCUGGUGGUCCGCCCGACCACCUGCUGGAAGCUGGACUGGGAUGAGAUGGAGGCCAAUCACAGCUUGUUCCAUGCUCUUUGCCACACUCUGAGAAGUCGUGGCUUGUUCCUUUUGGUGCAGGUGGAGUCUGAUCAGAGGUCUACAGCUGGAGGCUCAGGUGUGUAUUAUCACUAUAUCCUGCAGCCCUCCCCAUCUCUGUCCCUUCUCCUGAAGCCAGUUGUCUCCAGAGAGUUGCUGCUGCCCUGCUCACUGCCCACGUCAGCUCAGGACCCAGCACCUUCUGCCAUGCAGACUGUACAGGGCUGUCUCACUCAGCUGGAUGAGGAGUUUGUGUUGAACCCACUGUCUCUGAGCAGUAACCUCUAUCAGCACCUCAGGAGCAAAAGCCUGCUCUCACAGCCACGAUACCCAUACAGGCUCCAGGCACCAGCCGCCCACAGAGAGCAGCCACAGACGCUGGAGACUCCCAGAAGCUCAGUCAGCCGACAGCCCAGACAGCUACAAAACCACGGGCGUCAGCAUGGAGCUAACAGCAAGGUCAGGGCCACCGUGGCUCCGCUGCCCUCUGCCUCUGCCGCCGCCUCUGCUUCCUCUUCAUCACUGGGAGCUCCUCCUGCUAAGACCUCCCGGCCAACUCUGAGCUUCCUCAGCAGCAGCAGCCAUCCAGCUCGGGCACUGGAUCAGCAGGAGGAGGACAACAAAGACAGCAACUCCAUAGUAAUAGAUUAA